UGUCAUUGUCUCUUGUGUAUAUCUAACGAAGACUGAUUUAUGAAAUGCUGGCACAGUGGCUAUAUGUCUCCAGAAUAUGUACUGUAUGGUCAAUUUUCAGAUAAAUCAGAUGUGUUCAACUUUGGAGUGCUGCUGUUAGAAAUUCUUAGUGGUGAACGAAACUCAGACUUUUCUGUGACUGAAGUUUCUGUUUCCCUCUUAGGAUGGGCAUACCAUAAGUUGAAAGAAGGAAGACUGUUGGAGUUGAUUGAUCCAAUAAGAGAAACCUGCGACAGCAACAGAGCAACAAGGUCGAUUCUGGUUGCCCUUCUUUGUGUUCAAGAAAUCCCAAUCGAUAGGCCAACAAUGUCUGAUAUAGUUGUCAUGUUAAGCAACGAAACGUUAUCAAUCCCUGAACCAAAAGAACCUGCUUUUCGCAGCAACUGGCAAUCUCAGCAGUUAGAUUAUUUAUCCAUAAAUGAGAUGACAUUUACCUCGAUGAUACCUCGAUAAGAGGAAGAAGAGAAUGAACUUCUAUGGUUAAUUAAUGUUUUCUCGUUUCCUUUCUGCUCAUGAAUAGUUUCCUAUGAACUGAAUAUUUGAAAAUUGAAGAGUGAAGAGAUUGACUUUCUGAUGUGAUGAUCAUGUUCCACAAACUCCACCCAUGUUGUAACGGUUUGAGCUCAACCACAAGAUGUCAAGUUCUUGGCUAUUGGCACAAAGAAGUUUUGAAAAGUUUAAUGCAAAUAUAUAUUAUUGAUUGGAUUAAACUGUUCAUGUUUUUCUUCCACCUACAAUGUCAUUAGCGGACUAGGGGCGGAGC